CGCCGCCAAGUGACACCCGGCCGCGAACGCAGGGCGCGCGCCGCGCACCCGCCCGCCACCGCUGACCGUCGGCUCCGCGCGCCCUGCGGGGCCCCGGAUUAUCGCCUCGCUCGUGGGAUUUCCAGACCGCCGCUUUCUAAUCGGCCUCCGAAGGAAGCCUCUGUAGCUCUCUUGGGAAUUAAGCUGAAUAUCUGGACGUUUCCCUUCUCUCUCUAUCCUUCCUUCCCUCCCUCCCUCUCUCGCUCUUUCCAUCUCUCUUCUUUCUUUCCUGCGAAGAGGAUUAAGACAAAACCAGGAAGCCGGCGACCCUCACCUACUCGUGGAUUGGAAGAGAGGAGAAAAAGGAAAGUUGCGGCUCCCGUCUCGACAGGGAGCCCUUUCUCUCGCCCAUCGGGGAGCUGCGGGCAGCCAUCGAGGGCGGAUCUACGGAACCGCAGCCUCUGAAAGAGCAGAGAACACCGCUGAAGCCAGGCGUCUUGGUCGUCCCAACUGAAGCAAAGCGGGGCUGCUUUCCUGCCCGCGCUCCUUGGGCACAGUGGCCCUCCUGGCCAUCCCCGCCCUUUGGAGAAGAGGAGAGUAGGAGGGCGACGGCGUCCAGGGGGACCAUGGGCCGUCGAAGUGCGCUGGCCCUAGCUGUAGUGUCCGCCCUGCUGUGUCAGGUCUGGAGCUCGGGCGUCUUUGAGUUGAAGCUGCAGGAGUUCGUCAACAAGAAGGGGCUGCUGGGGAAUCGCAAUUGCUGCCGCGGGGGCGCUGGCCCGCCAUGCGCGUGCAGGACCUUCUUCCGCGUGUGCCUCAAGCACUACCAAGCCAGCGUGUCCCCCGAGCCGCCCUGCACCUACGGCAGCGCAGUCACACCGGUGUUGGGCGUUGAUUCCUUCAGCUUGCCCGACGGCGAGGACGCCGGAGCCGACGCUGCUUUCAGUAACCCCAUCCGCUUCCCCUUUGGCUUCACCUGGCCGGGCACCUUCUCUCUGAUCAUUGAAGCCCUGCACACAGACUCUCCUGAUGACCUAGCAACAGAAAACCCAGAAAGGCUCAUCAGCCGCCUGGCCACACAGAGGCACCUGACGGUGGGCGAGGAGUGGUCUCAGGACCUGCAUAGCAGUGGCCGCACAGAUCUCAAGUACUCCUACCGCUUCGUAUGCGAUGAGCACUACUAUGGGGAGGGCUGCUCUGUGUUUUGCCGCCCGCGGGACGAUGCCUUCGGCCACUUCACCUGUGGGGAGAGAGGGGAGAAGGUGUGCAACCCCGGCUGGAAGGGCCAGUACUGCACAGAACCAAUCUGCCUGCCAGGGUGUGAUGAGCAGCAUGGAUUUUGUGACAAGCCAGGGGAAUGCAAGUGCAGAGUGGGCUGGCAGGGCCGGUACUGUGACCAGUGCAUCCGAUACCCAGGCUGCCUCCAUGGCACCUGCCAGCAGCCCUGGCAGUGUAACUGCCAGGAAGGCUGGGGGGGCCUUUUCUGCAACCAGGACCUGAACUACUGCACACACCACAAGCCCUGCAAGAACGGGGCCACCUGCACCAACACAGGCCAGGGGAGUUACACAUGCUCCUGUCGACCUGGGUACCUGGGUGCCACUUGUGAGCUGGAGAUGGAUGAGUGCGACCCUAGCCCCUGCAAGAAUGGAGGGAGCUGCAUGGACCUGGAGAAUGGCUACUCCUGCACCUGCCCUCCCGGCUUCUACGGCAGAAUCUGUGAGCUGAGUGCCAUGACCUGUGCAGAUGGUCCCUGCUUCAACGGGGGGCGCUGCUCAGACAAUCCUGAAGGGGGCUACACCUGCCGCUGCCCUGGGGGUUACUCUGGCUUCAACUGCGAGAAGAAGAUGGAUCACUGCAGCUCUUCACCCUGCUCUAAUGGUGCCAAGUGUGUGGACCUCGGGGAUGCCUAUCUGUGCCGCUGCCAUGCAGGCUUUUCCGGGAGGCACUGUGAGGACAACGUGGACGACUGUGCCUCCUCCCCGUGUGCGCAUGGGGGCACCUGCCGGGAUGGGGUGAAUGACUACUCCUGCACCUGUCCCCCUGGCUACACGGGCAGGAACUGCAGCGCCCCUGUGAGCAGGUGCGAGCACAUGCCGUGCCACAACGGGGCCACCUGCCACGAGAGGGGCCCGCGCUACAUGUGCGAGUGUGCCCAGGGCUACGGGGGUCCCAACUGCCAGUUCCUGCUCCCUGAGCCACCCGGCCCCAUGGUGAAGUACGAGGGUGGGCCCUUCCCCUGGGUGGCUGUGUGUGCCGGAGUAGUCCUGGUCCUCAUGCUGCUGCUGGGCUGCGCUGCUGUGGUGGUCUGUGUCCGGCUGAGGCUGCAGAAACAGCGACCGCCAGCUGACCCCUGCCGGGGGGAGACGGAAACCAUGAAUAACCUGGCCAGCUGCCAGCGCGAGAAGGACGUCUCGGUCAGCGUCAUCGGGGCCACGCAGAUUAAGAACACCAACAAGAAGGCCGACUUCCAGGGGGAUGGCGCGGACAAGAAUGGUUUCAAGGCCCGGUACCCUGCGGUGGACUAUAACCUCGUGCAGGACCUCAAGGGCGAAGAAGCUGCAGGCAGGGAUGCGCACAGCAAGCGAGAUGCCAAGUGCCAGCCUCAGGGCUCCACAGGGGAGGAGAAGGGCACAGUGGCCACACUCAGGGGGGGAGAAGCACCUGAGAGGAAAAGGCCAGAGUCCCUCCACUCCACCUCGAAGGACACCAAGUACCAGUCGGUGUACGUCAUAUCAGACGAGAAGGACGAGUGCGUCAUAGCAACUGAGGUGUAAGCUGGAAGAUGCGGCAAGAUUCCCGUUCCUCUAAAGUAGACACGAUUCCAAGGAUAUGUGCCCCCACGAAUGCUGCUGAAAGAGAGGAGCCCACGGCUGCUGCAGAGGCGAGGCCCGCGCACCGGCUCCGGCUCGGCUCUCGCACUGCCCGCUGGGACCCUUCCGUUGCACUAUGGACAGUUGCUUUUAAAGAGAAUAUAUUUAAGCUAGCGGGCUCCGUCCCUGCUGAGAAGCAUGCACUGCCACGUAUAGGUCUGGGGUUCUUAUGAGCCGGUUUGUUCCCGACUAGAAACACAAACUGCCUUUACUGUACUUUUUGAUACUGAAAUGUGUUUUUUCUAGAUGGAAAAAUGUGUGUUAUUUUUUGGAUUUGUAAAAAUAUUUUUCACAAUAUCUGUAAAGCUUGAGUAUUUUGUGAUGUUUGUUUUUUAUAAUUUAAAUUUUGGUAAAUAUGUACAGAGGCACUUCGGGUCUAUGUGACUAUAUUUUUUGUAUAUAAAUGUAUUUAUGGAAUAUUGUGCAAAUGUUAUUUGAGUUUGUUUUUUUACUGUUUUGUUAAUGAAGAAAUUCCUUUUUAAAAUAUUUUUCCAAAAUAAAUACUACGAAUGACAA